UGAACCAAUCAGAGGCGAGUUACAGGGUUUUUGUAUAGAGUGUCCGAUAUAUAAAAGCGAACUUAGACAAACUGACAACACGAAGUGAGUUAUACGGCCUGUGAAUAUGACGUCCCUAUCGUUACUGGCGUUCUGUCUUCUAGCUUGUGUUUUUUCUUCAGAUGCACACAAAACAGCUUUUGACGCCAAUCUAGCCUCACUUUUAGAGCCGUCAAAUGAUGAUAUUUACAGUAUAAGCACGUUUAUAAAAGGCGAGCGUGGUCCGAUCGGCCUUACCGGGAUAACUGGAAUGGCAGGAACGACUGGAUCUCCAGGACCUCAAGGACCUUCAGGAUCUGCCGGUCAGGACGGGGACACAGGUGACAGGGGACCAAAGGGAAGACAAGGUGAUAGAGGUAAUCCUGGAACUGAUGGUCAACAUGAGACUGAUGGGGAACCCGGUAUGUCGGGUCCAAAUGGAGAUCCUGGUGCUCCUGGGGCGAAAGGUUACCAAGGAAUCCGAGGUCUUCAGGGUGAUCAUGGUUCUGAUGGUGUCGACGGACCAACUGGUCCCAGAGGAGCCACUGGCAAUAACGGUCCUAAAGGUUACAAAGGUAACCCUGGUAACAAUGGUGCUGACGGUUAUAAUGGUUUUAAUGGUGCUCCUGGUGACCGAGGUGAUAGAGGCGAUAAGGGUGAUAUUGGCCCACCAGGUGCGGAUGGUGAGUCUGGUGGUCCUGGUGAUAGUGGGGCUAAUGGUGUGCCUGGUACAACAGGACCUGCUGGUGAUGCUGGUAACACUGGUAACCGAGGAGCACGUGGUCCUGCGGGGCCCACCGGUGAUGCUGGACCUCCUGGUCAUCCUGGUCCUAAUGGUCUUGCUGGUACUGAUGGUCCUGAUGGUCUAAAAGGACAGCCAGGUGAUACUGGUCCAGCAGGUCCACCCGGGCCACCCGGACCUCCUGGUCAUCCUGGACCUGACGGUCCUGAUGGUGCUGAUGGAGCGACUGGUCCCCCAGGUGCCGCUGGAGCUCCUGGAAAUGAUGGUACCAAUGGAGCCACGAAGUCUUUACAAUGUGUCUUCGGUACAACCAACGGUCUUAAACAUGUAUGCAGCGCAAAUCGAUUCCCAAUGGGUUGCUCUUGCCAUUUGAAUUGCAAUGGAAAAGCUUGGAUUAAAGAUAAUGCUUGUAUGUGCGACUGUACUUCAUCUCACAGCACAGAUAAUCCAGUCACAACGGGUGGAACGUGCUGUUAUAUCGCUUAAAUGAAAAUAUAAGAGGACCAAGAAGCGUCGUCAGUUGUACGCCUUAUAUACUUGUAAUUUUUGAUUCUUGAAUAAAUGGAAA